CGCACUUCCCUCCCGGAAGUAAAACAAACGUACAGGGGGAGACGUUAGCUCGUUAGCCUCAAAAUGAGUUUGUUUUUGCCCAAAUUAACGUGCAAAAAAGAUAUCGACGAAGUCAUUAAAGGGGUGGCAGAAAAAGUCGUGGUUUUACGGUUCGGCAGGGACGAUGACUCGGUGUGUCUGCAGCUCGACGAGAUACUCUCUAAAACGGCCCACGACUUGAGUAACAUGGCGUCCAUUUACAUCGUCGAUGUUGAUAAAGCUCCCAUUUACACGAGAUACUUCGACAUAAGCUACAUCCCCUCCACUGUCUUCUUCUUCAACGGACAGCACAUGAAGGUCGAUUAUGGCUCUCCAGAUCACACCAAGUUCGUUGGCAGCUUCAAAACCAAGCAAGAUUUCAUGGACCUGAUUGAAGUGAUCUACAGAGGAGCCAUGCGGGGGAAAAUGAUUGUCCAGAGUCCCAUAGAUCCUCAAAAUAUUCCCAAAUAUGAUCUCCUCUACCACGGGAUUUAGAAUCAGUGACUUUAUUCAUUAUGUGAUGGGCAAGAUGCUCUGCAGAGUAGCACUGAUGGCUGCUGAAUGAGUAACGAGAGACAUUCAGACUUUGAACCACAAAGUAACUGUUUGAGGAAUACUAAAGUGCCUCCGAUUUAAAGACUGUUGAACAUUUAUUCUUUUUUUGUUGUUGUUCUUGUUGUAGAGAUCAAAUUACCGACAGUGUUUUUGCCUUUACUAUUUCUACUCCUGAUACUUUAAAGGUUCUUCUAAUUCACUUAGACAGGGAGUGUGACAGUAAGGAAGAUUGCGGGUUGGUAAAAACGGAUGUCAACAGAAGUGUUUUGCAAAUAUUUGAUGAUAUAGGAAAUGCAAACCUAAGGGACGUAAAGAGUUUGACUGCAGGGUAGUCUCUACCAGUUUUUAACAGUACUAUGUUGGAGGCUGGAAAAACUGAAAUGAUUUCAAAUUUUACCUGUGUUAAGUAAUGGCAGGUGCGUACUCUGUAGUGGGAUUUGUCAAAUGUUUCAUAGUUUAUUUUGUUAAUACUAAAAAAAAUUUUUAUCAGUGAAAAAUACAAUUUUGGUGUUUUUUUUUGUUUUUUUUCUGCCUUCUUCACACGAUUGAUAGGCGUGAGUUUUGAUGCACUGUGUUAGCGUUUCCUGUGGUAAACCGAUGUAUAUCAGCAGCGAGAUGCCACAUUUAUUCAUUGUGCAUGCUCUGCUGUUAUAAUAAAAUUUCAACCAUC